CUCGAAGGGGCUCUUACAACAACAGCCAAGCUCAUCAGCAGCUUAGAAUAUCUGUUGCUUGGUGUUCUUAUUUGAGUUUAUUCCCUUGUAACCGGUACCGGGCCCCGGGCAAAUCUUGACAGCAGUCAGGUUAUUUGGUGAGAAGCCACGUCAGGAGACCUGUAACUACCUAGGUAACCUUCGCCAGGCAGACGGUUUUGGCGAGGGGAAUUGCUGCAUCCAAAGGCUUUACUGUCCACCAAGUACAGCAUUAUGGAAGACGCGCCGGAGGAAGAUUUGGACAUCAAGUUGCAAACGGUCUCCAAAGACCUGAUUGCCGACUUUGACGCCCGCCUCAGGCCCUUCUUGCGCAAAGCAGAUGGGGCUGGUCGUGUGCGCUCCCGCGUGCGUGGACGUGAGGUGACGUUUCUCACGUCAAACCUUCUCGACCCCUUUCAAGAAUUGCCUCAGCUCCUUGAUCCGCACUUGCCCAAGUGGCUCCCCGUGCUCGCCGAGGCCUUCUUGGAGUACCAGCAGACAAGGCGGCGGCACGCCGUGGAAGCGUCGAGCACAUCUUCAUUGCUGAUGCCACUCCCGACCGCAGUGUGCAAGCUGAUCUACACAUUCUGCAAGAUUCGCGGCGAGAAGGUCAUCGCGAACUUCCUCAAUGUUGAGACCCGCUACCUUGAGCUCCUCCUUUCCGCUAUUGAGGAAUCAGAAAGACACCUGGGCUCCGAGGGCACGGUGCCCCAAUGGAGCUGGGAGGAGCGGUAUGUUGUGCUCCUGUGGCUGUCCCAUCUCAUGUUUGCGCCUUUUGACCUGGCGACGAUCUCCUCGGUCUACAUGCACGAUGUCGACCUGGCCGGCGUCCCAGGCUUCCUCUGGCCGUUCAACCCCCCAAGUAUCACAGUGCGGAUCUUGCCGCUGGCAACCAAGUAUCUGGCCUCGCCAGGUAAAGAGAGGGACGCGGCCAAAAAUCUUCUCGUGAGGAUGGCCAUGCGUCGGGAUAUGCAACAGCUCGGCAUCCUGCAGGCUCUCAUCGACUGGGCUCUGUUUUCACUGCACCCGAGCCCGGACAACAGCGAUUCUGAGGCCAAAAAUGAUUCGAAAUACGAAAUCGACCAGAAUCCUUACACCUUUAUCGGGGUCCUUGCUUUCCUGGCGGGGGUGCUGUCUUCUGCUGACACAUCUGAGGUGGCGAAGUACUCUUCCAAAGUCUUCUAUACUGUCAAUGCCACAAUGUGCAAUGAUGAUGCUACUUCUACCAUUAUCAGCUCGUCUGCUGUUGCCAGAAAGACUGUCAUCAAGGUCAUGCGCUCAAUUUCCCUGUCGAAGUUGACAAGGGAGAGCCGCGACAUGUCGGGUAUCCAGCUUGUCGAAACCACCGUGCGGCACCUUCUGAGGUGCUUGUCUGAUAAAGAUACUCCUGUCAGAUUCGCGGCUAGCAAAGCCCUGGGAGCCAUCACCCUCAAGUUGCCCAAGGACAUGGCUUCACAAGUCGUGGCAGCUGUUCUACAGGCAUUGAAGGAACAUGUUCGGCUGGCUGACCAGGGAAUGAACUCAAGCUUGUCAAGCUGGCAGCCGCUGAAGAGAGAUCUGAGGUCAGUAGAUCCUCUUGAGUGGCACGGGCUAAUGCUCACCCUGUCCCAUCUCUUAUACCGGCGUUCGCCUCCCCCAGAGAGCCUCGGAGACAUAUUGCAAGCAUUAUUGCUUGGUCUCUCGUUCGAGCAGCGAAGCGCGUCCGGGGUCUCUGUCGGAGCCAAUGUUCGCGAUGCGGCUUGUUUCGGCAUCUGGGCCGUUGCAAGACGUUACUCCACUCAGGAGCUUCUUGACGUCAAUCAUGAGAUCUUGAACAGAGAGCGCAAUGAAAGUAACAAUGGCUCUAUCUUGCAACUACUUGCUACUCAUUUGGUAGUCACGGCUUGUCUCGACCCUGCUGGAAACAUCAGGCGUGGCUCCUCGGCUGCUCUACAGGAGCUUAUUGGGAGGCAUCCUGAUACCGUGGAAAAGGGCAUCGCGAUUGUUCAGACAGUGGAUUAUCACGCUGUGGCACUGAGAUCGAGGGCGAUGCAAGAUGUUGCUUUAGCCGUCACAAAGCUACAUCCACAGUAUGGCGUGGCCAUCCUCGAGGCUGUCGUUGACUGGCGCGGUCUGGGUGACGCCAAUGAUCGUGUUCGAAGAUACGCAGGAGCAUCAUACGGUAUGAUUACAGCAGAACUGACACGGGUGUCCUCGACCAGCACGGAAGUCAUCUCCAGGUCCGUCGAUGCCAUAGCAUCGUCCAUCCGGGUGCUGCAACCGCGCCAAGUCGAGGAACGCCACGGUCUACUGCUAGCCAUGGCCUCAAUUAUGGAUCAACUUCCACAUCUGGUUUCAUCAUGCCAAGAUAAUCCGCAACAGCUAGCACUCGUGAUUCAGAAAAUACUGUCAGAGCUGGAGUGGAACCUGAAAUUCAUUGAAGCUACCACUUUCCGCCGGCCGGAUCUCAUUGCAGAGGCAGCAAGUCGACUGUUCACCUCCUCGUUGCCUGUUUUCCAAGCAUCACACCGCGGUAUUCAUGCUAGUACUCCGGAAGACUUGGUGACUGCUCCUUAUCUACUAUCGUUCUUGAAGACAAGCGCCGCAGGCACUGCUGUGUUCCGGCUGGCAGAACUCUCUGUUUCGAACGAGCUCCCACUUGCUUGGGUCAAUGAGCUUGUUCCGACGAUUUUGAAUGGCUAUCUUCUUAGGACAGAGGGAAUGGUUGUCGAAGCGGUCUCCGAGGCUGCGGUAGCAUUGCUGCUGCUGUUGGAGCCUGCUCGACGUGAUCAACUGAUUGAGAGCUGGGCAAAUGCUGCACUGAAUGCGCAACGAGGCGGGAGCAUCAAGGGAUACUUGAUGGCUUUGACGAGAUCCCAUGCAGUCAUUCAUAUGUCUUCUCAGGAGACGAGGUAUGGAGCCAUGGAACUUAUUCCUAGAACCUUGCUACAAUGCUGGGCCAAGGACAUAACUGUGGAGGCGAGGGUGUGGAUACUUGAGAGCCUCAUUGAAGGCGACGUGAUGAAGUAUCACGCCCAAAGAUUGCUUCAGCUGAUUACAGAGGCACUGGAAGACUAUACUACGGACGCGAGAGGGGAUGUAGGAUCCCAUGUCCGAUUGCACGCCAUACAGGCAACCAAGCACUUAUGGUCCAUGAUGGGAAACCUAGAGACAAGGCCAGGAGAAGCCACCCGAGCAGCAGCUUCUCGUCUCUUGCUACCAAUCAUGCGCCUCGGUGCUGAGAAACUUGACAAGGUGAGACCGGAAGCACAGUCAACGCUGUAUCUGGCCCUAAGUUCAGACUCAUCAGCAGAACUGGGGAAUCGCUUAUGCUCAUCCAAGGACUACUUUUAUUUCCUGCUUGACCUGACGACCCAUCAAGACUGGCUACAUGAAACAUUCCAGGUCGACGACGGGCCAACGCCGCAGGAGUGGAUGGAUGAGCUCCUGGCAGGGUACGUGGCCUCAGCAGACACAGGCAACGAGGACCUCGUCAUAGCAAGCCGCUCCGCACUCUGCGAAUACUCCAGGGCAAGCCAGGAGAACCUCGACCGAGUGUGUGCCUCCCUCUACCGGAACAUGAAGGCCCGUCAGGGCCAGGACCGGAUCACGGUGCCGACGCUGGAGAUUAUCGCGUUCCUAUUGUCUGUGGGACUGUACCAGAGAACCAAGACAGUCGAUUUCAAGAACCUCUGCCUUCAGGCGCAAAAGGCAAGCUACAAAACCGGCAACGUGCGGAAGCUCAUCGCCUGUGUCAAGGUGUACGGCGGCAUCGCGAGCAUGGGCAAGGGCUGCGACGGCUUGCCGGCGAUGGCGACCGAGGCUCUGGGGCAGAAACGGCUGGAAGCUGUGGCGGAGGCUCGGAAGAGGCUGGGGGCCUUGAUGCUGCACCCCUGGCCGCGCGUCCGGACGGCGGUCGUCGACGAGCUCUGGAAUGUACUCUCUGGGCAGGAGGACGAGAUGGCCGGGAGGCUCAAGGGAGUGGACUGGGGCGCGGCCGAGAAGGGUGUUUUGAAGCGGUUCGGGUCGGACUUGAGUCUCUAGGGCACCCAAAAGGCUUUGGCUGCGGAUGAGACGCCAGCCAAGCAUAUAGAUGUUCUAGAUUCGAGCAGCGCAGGGUCGACUGCUUCAUACGAAAUGAUAACAUCAUCGGAGACCUCAUGAGAGAAACUCAAUCGUCCUUUGGUCUGCCACAUGGUUAUCCUACGAAUGGAUUGCUCACGAAGACGUUCCGCUACAGUUGUUGAUCCCCACGACGGGUUAUCAUAUUGGAGCUUAGGCAGGAGCACUGUCGUGAUGAUUCACGAUGGAGAUGUUGUGGCCGUGUCAAGCACAAUCGAGCAAAAACGGUUGGAGCGUAAGGAUUAAAGAUUUAUUCCGAGGCCUGGCAUGUGACAUCUCCCGCCGUAACAUCUCUGAGACGUCCAGUUGGAGCUGUGGGUUGUCCCACCCAGGCGGUCUAGACUCGGGACCGGCGGGUUGCUUCUGGCGAGGUGGGCGGCACGAAUCACCAAGCAUGUCGUAUUCCUGACAAAGGUCGCACCAGAGCUGCUGUCCGACUCCUGCGUGUUGCCAGUGACGUCGCGAGUCCUUCUCUCGGGGCAAGCAGGGAGUAAUACACAGUAUCCAAUCUCCUUCUCGCAGGCGAACAGGCGGGACAGCCUGGACAGGGUGGAACAGAUUCACGGUCCCCACUCUUAGCCCCAGCUCCCAGAUUCGAUCCCACGUGUCAGGCCUGUCAGUAAGUGGGGACGGGGAGAACGAAGUCUUGCUUUCGGCUCGAAUUAGGUUCGACUCCGGUAUAAUUUGAUUAGGCUCGACGUCGGCAAAGGGGCCAGAACGGAGGGAAGCUUGCUGUGGCUUGCACCCAUCGUUCGAUGGACAGGCCUAUUUGAUGGGCGCGCCUUACAGGCGGUAUCCCAGCCCGGGCUGGCCUUACUGUUGAGACGUUGAAUCGCGAGGGUCGUGCGUGCUGAAACCAAGAAAGUUUGCGGUGAACAGACAUGGAGCAACGGUUACGGCAGCCGAGGUGCAGAAAGACCAGGGAGGGGCGCGGUGCAGCAAUAGACGCAACGUGUGGGUCGCCAAAGGCGGCGAAUCGACGGCGCGGGCGGCUUCAUGUAAAAUGUUCACAACCCAGGAGGCCUGACGGCCUGACGGCCUGUCGGCCUGGGCAAGCAUUCCUGGUACUGAAAUUGAAAUGCAAGGAGGACUUUAAACUUUGGUUCAGUCCCACCAGGCUCGACAAAACAUCCCAAAAGCAGAUGAGAGAUUGGACCGGAUACGCCACCGAGUCGC